GCUGGCUCAGACCAAUGUGGGUAAUUUUGUUUCCGAGCAACGAGCCGGCGUCCUCGUCCUUGGGGCAUACAGGUUUCACAGCGCUCCAGCAACAGGUCUGAAUAUGCUGUUCUUCUCCUUCUUCAGAACGUUGGUUGACCGGAAUGUGCAGGUGACGGUGGAGUUGAAGAACGACCUGUGCAUAACAGGAACAUUGCAGUCUGCCGACCAGUUCUUGAACCUGAAACUUGCCAAUGUCAGCGUGAAUGAUCCGGAUCGAUUUCCGCAUCUCUUGUCAGUCAAAAACUGCUUCAUUCGAGGAUCCGUAGUUCGAUACGUGCACCUCCCCGGACACGAGGUGGACACAGAGUCGCUGCAAGACAGUUGUCGCCGAGAAGCAAAGCAGGUCAAAUGA